AUGAACAUUUUUAAAACUAAAUUAUUGGGAACUAAUUAUACAAAUAAUUCUAAUAAUUCAACAACACCUAAUACUGUUGUAAAUCCAUCAUCUAAUAAUAAUAGUAAAAUUAAAAAAGAACGUAUUGUUGAAAUACCAUCUAUCGGAACAAAUCAACAACCAUCAACAUCAAAUUAUGUUACAACUCAAAAAGAAUUAUUUAUUGCAGAAAAUGAAAAGAGAAAAGCUGAAGAAGAAGUUUUAAAAAUUAAAAAACAAAUUGAAGAAGAAAAAUCAAAAUUAAAACAAGUUCAACAAAUUAAAAAGGAAGAAUUAAAAUCAAUUAAACAAAAUCAGCAAAUGUAA